AUCGGUUAUGAAAAUUGAACUUAAGAUCAGCACGAAUCUCUUUUUAUGGAACAAAAUCCGUUUUGUCCAAAAUUUAAAUGUUAGAAAUAGAAUUUAAUCAUUUCGUAGAUUUUUGAUUUAUAUGAAACAUUUUGAACAUGUGUUGAAGUGAAAAGAAUCAAAGUCUGGCCGUUUGAGACAAGCCUGUAAAAGUCAAUCCAGUAACUUUACAAUGAUGUUUACAGAAAAGCCAAAUCUUGGGAAGUGACAGAAUCUACAGUCAUUCAAGCCCUUUUUAUAUCUUAUCAUUUUGUUUCUACUUAUUACUUUUAAUCUCAGCUCAAGAACCUGUUCUGCAUUUUGAGCUGUGAAAAUGGGAAGAGAAAGCAGAGGUUAUGGAGAUGAGAGCUCUAGUGAUCCUCUGCUUCCAGGUGCUGUGGCUGAUGAGAGUUUCUCCGGUGAGGCUUCCGCGACAGUGGUGGUUGUUUUCAGCACUUUGGUGGCUGUUUCUGGCUCCUAUGUUUUUGGCUCAGCUAUUGGCUUUUCAUCGCCUGCACAGACUGGGAUCAUGGAUGACCUUGGUCUCACUUUAGCAGAGUAUUCACUUUUUGGUUCGAUCAUGACGAUUGGAGCAAUGUUGGGUGCUGUUAUGAGUGGGAAGCUAGCAGAUCUAUUUGGUCGGAGAGGUGCUAUGGGAUUUUCAGAGAUGUUCUGCUUACUAGGAUGGGCAGGAAUAUUAUUCUCAAAGGGUCCUUGGUGGCUUGACUGUGGAAGACUGUCCAUAGGUUACGGUGUUGGGCUUCUUUCAUACGUGGUACCCGUGUACAUAGCAGAAAUAACACCUAAGAAUCUUAGAGGAGCAUUUACGACAGUUAAUCAGUUUAUGAUAUGUUGUGGCGUAUCAGCAAUGUAUCUAGUCGGAAAUUUCAUCUCUUGGCGUAUCCUGACUAUACUUGGAAUUGUUCCAUGUGUGUUGCAUCUUCUGGGGCUGCUCUUCAUUCCUGAGUCCCCUAGAUGGCUGGCCAAAAUUGGUAGGGAGAAAGACAGUGAAUCUGCUUUACAGCGCCUUAGGGGAAAGAAUGCAGACAUAUCGGCAGAAUCUGCUGAAAUUAGAGAUUACAUAGAAACCCUUCAACAACUUUCGGAUACUAGCUUUCUCGACUUAUUUCAGAGGAAAUAUUCUCACUCGCUAAUUGUCGGAGUUGGUCUAAUGGUAUUGCAGCAAUUAGGAGGGGUGAACGGGAUUACGUAUUAUGCAAGUGCUAUUUUCAUAUCAGCAGGUUUUUCAAGUAGAUUUGGCACCAUAGGAAUGGUAUUUGUUCAGGUCCCCAUGACGUUGUUAGGCGUACUGUUGAUGGAUAAAUCGGGUCGCAGACCACUACUACUGAUUUCGGCAGCAGGAACAUGCUUGGGCUGCUUCUUUGUAGGAUCUUCGUUUUUGCUGCAGGACCUUCAACUGUGGAAAGAGAUCAGUCCAGUAUUAGCACUUUCUGGUGUACUGAUUUUUACUGGAUCAUUCUCAUUAGGCAUGGGCGGAAUUCCAUGGGUUAUAAUGUCCGAGAUAUUCCCGAUAAAUAUUAAGGGGCCAGCUGGGAGUCUUGUGACGGUUGUCAACUGGUUCGGAACCUGGGUGAUUUCAUAUGCUUUUAAUUUUCUAAUGGACUGGAGCUCAGAAGGGACGUUCUUCACGUUCUCUGUUUUCUGCGGAUUAACCAUUGUUUUCGUGGCAAAGCUGGUUCCAGAGACCAAGGGCCGGACACUGGAAGAAAUACAAGCAUCCUUGAACUGAUAUGAGACAUUUAUAAGCAAUAAGAUGAUAUUUAUACUUCACUUAUUGAUUAUUUCUGUUUUCGUAUAAGCCAACCCUGGCUCAUAAAGUGACUUUUCAGCAGCAAUCUGUUUCAAAAAGUUCAAGUGACGUCUGGGAAAUGUUGGAAAUCAGGUUCCUUGUACCUCAAAACUCCUUUUUAGAAAUAAACUUCCCUGCAUAACUAA